UUUGAGCGGGAAAACCCUAGUCGUCACUGCCAUUUCCGCAACCGACCGGGCGCCGGCGGGGCGGCGACUGCUCUGGCUAGGCUAUUUCGGCCGAUCCGCCGUCGCGGCGGCCAGCCCGUACGGCGGCGCAGAGCAUCGGGCGCUCCGACUUCGGAGGGUGCGGUUCCGGGGUCCGGUCAUCGCUCGAGUGGCGGCGUUCCGGCUCACCACAGCACAGGGAAUCCGGCGCGGUUGCCAGCAUAUUGCUGUGGAUUUUGAAUUAUUAAUACUCUCAGAUUAGUUUCCGGAGAUGAAGCGGUACUAACAGCCUGUGCCCAAAAGGAAUCGUGAAAAUGUUGGGGGCGCUACCCCAGAACCUCAGAUAAAGUUUACCCCAGGAAUCGGGGACCAAGUUGGUGCAACAAAGGGUGCUUUAAAUAGUUCAAGGCAACAUGACAAAGGUUUUAACUGUCAAAGGCGAAGCAUGUCACCUGUAGCUGCUUCUGAUUGUUUGGAGAGUGGAAACCCUUUUGGAGUUUGUUUAUGCACUUCUUUGGACUGUGCAAGAUAUCUCUUAAGGCAAGGUAUACCGAUCCAUCUUACACAUGGGACAAGGGUCAUUUUUUGGAGAUGAUAGAUUGGUACAAAGGCUUCGAUGAGAAUGUUAGACGUGCGUUUGAUGAGAUGGAUCCUGAUCGCUGCAGCGAAUUGGCUUCUCGAGGCUUUCAGAAAGACCUUGUAAAAUCCUGCACAGAAGAGGUCAUCCAGGCGAUUCUGGAAGAGAUUGGAGAUAGUCGUUUCUCCAUACUUAUUGAUGACACUCAUGAUAUUUCAAGUAAAGAGCAUAUGGGCAUAAUUUUGAGAUUUGUGAAUAAGCAAGGGAAGGUCAUAGAAAGGUUUCUCGAUCUUGAGUGGGUCAAAGAUACUACACCAACUGCAAUCAAAGGAAACUUGGUUGGUUUUCUUGUUCGGCAUGGUUUAUCCAUUUCUAGAAUUCGAGGGCAGGGUUAUCAUGGACAAUCAAACAUGAGAGUAGAAUUUAACAAUGUGCAGAGACAGAUACAUGAUGAAUGUCCAUAUGCUUUCUAUGUCCAUUGCUUUGCUUGCCAGCUGGAACAGAUUCUUGUUUCUGUCUCAAGUUCUUCUUCUUCAGCAAUUUCUUAUUUCUUCUACAACGUGCCAAUAAUUGUCAAUGCCACGAGUGCACCUUGCACAGCUGCUGAAAAGUGCCGCCAAGCAAUUUUGGAUAAGUUGGACAGUGGUGAAAUAUCCAAAAGAGACAAGAGCACAUUGAAGGAAACUAAAUGGGGAGAGACUAAAUGGGGCUCGCAUCACACAACCUUGAACCGUAUUGACACAAUGUGGGACACAGUUCUUGAGGUGCUAGUGAUUGUGGAUGAACAUGGCUCUCGAGGUUCCCGAGCAUCAUUUUCAAUAGAAACAAUGGAAAGCUUUGAGUUUGUGUUCAUCUUAAAGAUGAUGUUAAAAUUAUUUGUCAUUAUAAAAGAACUAUCACUUGUUUUACAAAGAAAAGAUCAAGACAGUAUUCAGGCUGUGGGGUUGCUUGUGGUUGUGAAUGAACGCUUGAAAACCUUGAGGGACAAUGGUUGGGAGGCCUUAUUUGAAGAUGUCAAAAGGUUUUGUGAUGCAAAUGAAAUUCCAGUGCCAAAUAUGGAUGAACACAUACCAAGUAUGUGCCAUUCACAUCUGGGUGGCGUAACUGUCUCUCAGCUUCAUUAUUAUCGUGCUCAGAUUUUCUUUGCUGCUAUUGACUCCAUUAGAACAGAGAUUAAUCAUCGUUUCAAUGAUGGUUCUAUGGAUUUGUUAGUGCGUUUAUCCUGCCUUGAUCCAAGGAGGAACUUCUCCCAGUUUGAUGUGGAGAAAAUUGCUAAACUUGUAGAUCUUUAUUCUGAAGAUUUCCCUGAGGCUGAUCGUGCAAUUAUCAAUGAUCAACUUGAAGCCUAUAUUUGCUAUGUGAGAUGACAUAUUGAAUUUACUUCCUGUCAUGAUAUUGCAAGUUUGGCUUCCAAAGAUGGUUGAAACCAAGCAGCAUUUGAAUUUUCCAUUGGUGUAUCGCUUCAUUGACGUAGCAUUACUCUUACCAGUUGCUGUGGCACCGGUUGAAAGGAUCUCUUCAUCACUUAACAUUAUCCCUACUGAACUGUGCAAUGAGAUACCUAUUGAUUGGUUGAGUGACUUUGCCAUGUACUACAUUGAGGAAGACAUAUCUAAAGAACUUGAUGCUGAAAGAAUUUUAGAACAUUUCAAAGCAUGGUAACUCAGAGAAUGUAGUAACCUUAUAUUGAUAUACUUAGUGAAGACUUGUUUAUAGUCUUCUCUUGUGAUGUGGAAAUUCCUUUUCUUUCAUGUAGAGUUCCCUUCAUAUCAAAUUUAGGCCUAGAGAUCAAGUUCAUCACUGCAGAAGCUUUACUGAAGAUCCUAAUGCAGAUUUAGGGUCUCAAAGAUUAGAGAAACAUCAUGGGCCCUUUGAAGCGGGAAUGCUCCAAGUGUCUGUAAGGCUGUAACUCCCAUAUGCAGAACUGUCACUGUAUAAAGUCACUCCUUGGCCAUGUUUGCUUGAAUUUAGAAGAGCUAUUUAAUUUCUUAUAAUCUAGCAGUGCUCUUUUUCGCUGCCCCCUCUCUAUGGCAUCCUUUUUCCUGGUUUGUUUCUGUUGUGUGACUCCUAGUUCUGACCUUGUUUUCCGUAAGUAGAGCCACUCAGCCACAGCUACAGAUUCUUGCAUUGAGUUGAUCUGUUUCUGAGAAUGUGAUGGAGAAAGGUCGUGUUUUAUAUUCCGCCUUGGCUCCAAAUUGGAAGCUUGAAAAUUCAAGUAAUACAUGCAUAAUGCGCAGUGCGCCUUUGGUA